UCCAUCUCUCUCUCACAUUGUGUUCUCAACUGUAUUUUGCGAACAGAGUGGAUCAACAUCUCCACUUGAGCUUCUCGGACUGCAGCUAAAAGACUUACCUCAUCGAAAGCCGAACACCACGAUGCCUCCUCCCACUACUGCCAAUAAACCCAACUCCAAACUCACGGCUGCUCCGAAGAAAUCCACCAAUGGGACAGCCAAUGGAAAUGCGUCGGCCUCGACGGCACCUGCGGAUGCCGGGACCAGCGAUAAGACGACAAGUGCUGGAAAGCCUGAUCAGGCGAAAUACAACAGCGAGCAGGAUGCGUUGAACAAGGAAAUUGCAGAUGUCAAGGCGAAGCUGGACGCCGUACGAUCCCGUAUCUCUCUAUCCCAAGCACCGGGAUCAUCUGAUCGUCGAAGUGUCCUGAAGACCGAGAUGGACGCUCUCCGAGGCGAGCAGGGCAAAUACAAGGCUGAUCGAUCAAAAAUCUUGGACGAAGUCAAGAGGCUUCAAGAAAGUGUCGGAAAGAAGAUCAAAGACGCUCAGGCUCAGAGAGGAAAACAGCAGUUUAAGAAUGUAGGAGAGAUUGACCAGAGAAUCAACGCACUCAACUCUCAGAUCGAGUCCGGUAGUAUGAAGCUAGUUGACGAGAAGAAAGCCCUGGCCGAGAUCAGCUCGCUCCGACGUUCACGCAAAACCCUCGAGUCCUCCGGAUCGAUAGAUGACUCCAUUGCGGCGGAUCGAGCAAAGAUUGACGAGUUGAAAAAGCUUUUGGACGAUCCGGAAUCCAAGAAGGUCUCAGACAAAUUUGAUCAGCUCAAGAAGGAGAUGGACGGACUGAGGGAAGAGGGAAACAAGGCAUAUGAGGAAAGGAACAAGUUGUUCGAUGAGAGGAAUGCGCUGUCCGCCAAAAUGGACGAGUUGUACGGCAAGAAACGAGACUCUGCUCAACAGUACCGUGAAGAGAAGGACAGAUACUGGACCAAGGUUCAGGCCGACCGUCAAGCCCGUCAGGACCGAUUCAAAGCUGAGAAAGCCAAAGAGGACGCAGCGAGGCAGGUGGAAGAGAUUUCUCGCCUACGAGAAGAGGCCAAGAUGCCAGCUUAUGCCGGAGAGAUCGAAGAUUGCAACGUCCUCGUCGGAUGGUUCAAAGGCAAAUACGGAGGCGGUGAAGUUCCUUCGACCAAUGCCGGUGGAAAAGGCACUACAGCUCAGGUCCAAGGCGUUAAAGAGCUCGAGAUCCGUAAAGUGGAGAACGAUUUCGCAGGCAUGACGUUGAAGAAGAAGGGCGGUGAUGAAGAGCUCGAUGGUAUGUUUGGAGGAAGUCAAAAGGGAAAGAAGAAGGGGAAGAAGGCAGCAUCAUCAGCUGUCAAUGGAUCUUCUGGAGUCGCUACGCCAGCUUCGGAAUCCGCUACAAGCGCUGCGGCUGGUGGUGUCAACCUUCCCAUGAGCCUCCUGAGCGCCUUGUUGGCUCUGGGAAUCCCACCGCCAAGUAGCAAGGACGAUGUGCAGAGGACCGUGGAUGACCUGGAGACGAAGAAGGCGUGGUUCGAGGCAAACUCUCAGGCAAAGACCAAGGCUGAGAUUGAGCGGGUCGAGAAGCUAGUCACAAAGAUGCAGAAGAAGAACGCACUGUUGGCCGAGGGAGGAGAGGCGAAUGACGAUGAAAUCGAUGAGGAGGCAGUCGCCGAUGCUGAAGAGCACGGUGGAAGGAAGGAGCCUUUGCACACUGUUGCCGUUGGCGGGGAAGCUAGAGGUGAAGAUAUCGUUGAGGAGAACGGAGAACAGCUGCCAUCUGAUGCCAAGGAGUCUGGCGAGUUGAAAAAGGUCGAUUCAGAAUUGGAAGAAGUCAAGGAGGCUCAGAGCUAGAAGGAACGCCCGGGGGUCUUUGCUAUCCUUUGUCUCUGUCAAUACAGGUCGUCCGCCCUCUUCUUGCUAUGCUUGCGCAUCUAUCCACUCCAUCCGAUAUAGUCUCUAUGAUGC